AAAACAAUGUGUGAAAGUAAAUAGUGAUCACAGAACACUUUUACAAUUUACUGACUUUUACCAAAGAGUAUAAUAAUAUAUAGGGAACUUUUUACUUUUACUGUAGUGAUACUUCUUACAAACUUACAGUUACAUUUACAAUAAAAUUGACAAUUUAAAACUAUUUGUUAAAAGCAUAAAUAUUAAACGGACAGAUCUUAUUAAAGAAACAACAAAACAUUUUUAUCAUGGCUAUGAAUAAGUUUAUGCAUCCAAGAAACAUUUAUAGAGUGCCACCUGAUUUCAAGAAGUUAGCUACAUUGUAUCCAGAAUUUUCUAGCAUUUCUCAAGUGGACAUAUCAGGGAAAGUUACUAUUGAUUUUAAGAAUCCUAAAGCUCUAAGGGUACUAACAAGAUGUUUAUUAGUAUCCGAUUUCAAUCUUGAUGUCUUCAUUCCUGAAGAUCGCUUAGUACCAACCCUACCAUUGAGGUUAAAUUAUAUAUUAUGGGUAGAAGAUUUGCUUAAAGCCAUAAAUAAUGAUUCAGAUGUUCUUGGAUUAGAUAUAGGUACUGGGGCCUGUGCAAUUUAUCCAUUGCUAGCCGCAAAAAAGAAUAAAUGGCGCAUGAUUGGAACCGAAUCUGAUGAUAGAAGUUUUCAAAUUGCCAAUGAGAAUGUUGUGAAAAAUAAUUUACAAGAUCUUAUUGAAGUGAAAAAGAAUACAACAGAUAACACAAUGGAGUUUCUGUUUGCUGAUGACAAAUAUAAAAUAUUACAAUUUUGUAUGUGCAAUCCACCAUUCUAUACAAAUUUUGAAGAACUUUGCGAAUCUAGAAGUCCAGCAAGGCCACCACCAAAAAACGCCUUUACUGGGUCACCACAAGAACUAAUCACUGAAGGUGGAGAGAUGGAAUUUUGCCGAAAAAUGAUUGAGGAAAGUAAGAAACUAAAGGAUAAAAUCCUAAUAUUUACUACAAUGCUUGGACAAAAAUACAGCUUGAAAGUACUUUUAUUAGACCUGAAAGCAGAAGGUAUCAAGCAUACAUCUACAGAGUUUUGCCAGGGUAGAGUAACUAGAUGGGGGUUGGCUUGGACCUAUCAAAAUUAUGAUUUGAGCAAACUAGUUCCCUUCCGUGAAAAAGCAAGAAAAAAAACAAUUCCUAUUACAUUUGUUGUGCCAGAGGCAGACACCGCAUCAAAUACCAUGGAAAAAGUAUUUGAGAAACUCUCAAGAUUUUUAAACGAUUUAAAUAUAACAAAAAAUGUCUUAACUAAGCGAAAAAACGAAAUCUGCUUUGAAAUGACUGCUUUUACAAACACUUGGUCGAAUCAGAGGCGGAAAAGAAGACUCCAAAAGAAAUUGGAAUCUCCAGAUUCUAAAAGGGCUAAAAUUGAAGAAACUAGCAAUUUGGAAAUUGAUACUACUGAAACAAGCGAAGAAUUAGUCCAACAAAGAAGCCAGACAAGCGAAUCAUUACGGCUUGAAGUAAAAGAAGAGAGUCUGUUUGAAAAGAAUCCCCUUUGUCAUGCUAUGGUCAGAUUAGUCCUCAGAGAUAAUAAAUAUUGCAUCAAUAUGGAAUACAUUAGUGGCGAUGCGGGAAAAGAUGGCCCACAUCAGAUAGUACAAUAUAUUAAAAAUAAUUGGAAAUGAGCAUUAGUUUUAUUAAUGACCAAGUAUCAUAGAUUGAAAGUUAUAUAAUGCAUGAUUGAGGCACUGGUAGUAGCAAUCACUUGGCAGCCUGAUAAUACAUGAUCAUUUUUGAUGUGUGAAUAUGUGCAAUGUGCAUUAGUUAGUUACCUGUACAUUCAAAAUACUAAAACUGUUUAUGACUUGUCAAUCAAAAUGUGUUACAGUGAAAAUAG